AGCUACAGUCGCUUCCGGGUUCAAGCCGCAUUGCAAAGGUUGAAUAUGAAUCUAUGAAGCCCUAAUUUGUGUGUCUAACUACUUUUCCCUGCUAAAGGGGCAACUACCCUCAUAUAAAGUUUCAGGAUUUUGUUGAAACUUGUUGUGGUUGCUGAAACCGCUACUGGUUUUAGCUCUCAGUGUUAGCUAAACAUGUCAGCGGAGGAGGCGGACAAAACAACCACCACGGACGCCAGCGCUGGAGAUGAGGAGGAGGAAUGGUUAUAUGGAGAUGAAUCGGAAAGCAGAGAAGAGGAUGAAGAAGCCAAACUGAACGCUCUUGUCAGCGCACCCACUGAUAUUUCAGCAGAUGAUACUGCUGCUGCACAUGCUGCAGGAAAUGGAGUCGCCUCUGAGGCCACAGGAGAAGCUGCAGGCGAGGAUGUGGAGAGUGACAGUGAUAGCGAUGAUGAUGACGAUGAUGUUCGUGUUACCAUUGGCGACAUUAAAACUGGAGCACCACAGUACACGACUUAUGGAGCUCCACCUGUGAACCUCAACAUAAAAACAACGGGCUCCAGACCGUAUGGACAAGUUACCACAAAGCUGAAGGGAGUGGAUCUCGAUGCACCCGGGAACAUUAAUGGAGUUCCAGUGCUGGAGGUGGACAUGGAGUCCUUUGAAGAGAAACCUUGGAGGAAGCCAGGAGCGGAUCUUUCAGAUUAUUUCAACUACGGUUUCAAUGAGGACACCUGGAAGGCUUACUGUGAGAAACAGAAAAGACUGCGAAUGGGUCUGGAGGUCUCGACGGUUGGCUCAGUAACAAGCAAAAUCACUGUUCAACAGGGCAGGACAGGAAAUGAAAAGGAUAUGUCCAGUUUGCCUGUUCACACCUCCAAGACAGACUUCACAUCUCCUGUCAGCCUGUACAAAUCUGCUACCAGUCAGAUGAUCAGGAAGACUAGUGGUACCAUAGAUGUGAUCGGUGGACAGACAGCCACAAUCAGCAGAGUUGAAGGCCGGCGCAGACACAAUCUAGAGGGCAACAACAUCCAGGUGAUUUCUGAGCACUCGACAUCGGAUGCUGAACCAGCCCCAGCUAAGAUUCCCACCUUCUUCCCUCCUGGACCAAUUCCUCCAAACAUACCCCCACCUCCAUUUCUUCCUCCACCGCCCAACGUCAGCACUGCACCUCCACUCCUACCCCCACCCAGGUUACCCAUUACUGUACCUCCUCCUGGUUUUCCACCUCCAACAAGUGGUCCUCCUCCUUCUCUAAUUCCCACUAUGGACAGCAGCCACCCUGGAGGUUAUGAUGGCCGUUCGGUCCCCCCAUUCCCAUUUCCUCAAGGUGCUUACCCGCCACCCAUUGCUGGAGGUGUACCUCCACCUUGGCCCCCAAUGAUGGACAACACCAAACCAUGGGACUACUAUCCCCGUCGAGACGAUAAGAGAGACAAAGACAGAGACAGACCGAGGGAGAGGACACAUGAGCGGGAGCGAGAGAGGGAACAUAGUCCUUCAGCUAUGAGCUACACCAGUGAUGAAGAGCGGUAUCGCUACCGUGAGUACCAGGAGCGUGCAUACGGAGAGCGUCAUCGUGACCGUUCGAGUCGAGAAAAAGAAGAAAGACACAGAGAGAGGCGGCACAGAGAGAAAGAGGAGGGACGUCACAAGUCCUCUCGCAGCAGCAGCAGCCGGAGGAGGCACGACAGCGAGGAGGGCGACAGCCAUCGGAGGCACAAACACAAAAAGAGCAAGAGGAGCAAAGAAGGCAAGGAAGCCAGCGAGGAAAUGGGGGCAGAUCAAGAGAACCAGGAGGGCAUGGAGUAGUCUCUCCUCACUGUUUGAGCAAGAUGGCGACAAAACCUGGAAAGCUGCAGUCACUGAUGCAUCAUGUCGUCCUCCUCUACAUCAGUCUGUACUCCUCCUCCUCUUUCAUCACCAUCAUGCAAGAGUCGAUGGGGGAGAGCAGGAGGUGAAAAGGACUGCUCGUCCUCCUCAUCCAUCUUAUCAAAAGUAUGAUGCAUCAGUCUGUCUUCUGUUUUCUCCCAACCCCUCUCUCAGUAACAAUUAGGUCAGAUUUCACUGCAUAGUCAGGAUGAUCAGCCCAACGCUUCCUUUUUUAUUGUUUGUUUGACGUCCUUUUGUUCUUGUUCUGUAUGAAGACAUCUAUAGAAAGCUGCCAGUUGAGUUCGAUUAAAAAAACACCUUUCAUAAGA